AUGAUUCCUGUGUCCCGUUUCCUUGGAGCCGUCAUCAGUGGCACUGAUGGUGAUGGUACUGUAUGCGGUGGAGAAGAAAGAGAAGGAAAAGAAGGUGGAGAGCUGGAGGAAAAGGAGGAUAUAGUGAAGAAAGGAGGAAGAGGUGAAGGAAGAAUGGUGAUUAUGGAGAAGGGGGUGAUGGAGGAGAAGGAGGAGGAGGAGAAGAAGAAGGAGGAGGAGGAGAUGGUGAAGGAAGAGGAGGUGGUGUUGGUAGAAAAGGAGGAGGAGAACUCGGCGGCGCGGCGCGCGCCUCGAGCAGUCUCCCUCCGCACGUCGUCGUCGCCGCCGCCGCCGCCGCCGCCGCUGCUGCUGCCGCAGGUGCCGCCGCCGCCGCCGUCGCCGCGCCCCCACAACAUGAGACCGACGCUGCUGGUGCUGUUGCUGCUGCUGGCAGCGGCAACGGCCUUCGCCCGGCGCGACCUCGGGCUGCCCCCGCGGCGCUCGCGCUACAUCCCGCCGCGCUACGAGGACUACGAGGACCCCGAGGCGGCGCUCACGCCCACGCUCAACAACGCGCUGCCCUCGCCCGCCCGAGUGACUGAACGUUUGACUGACAAUUUUAAGGUUUAUGUGAUUCCAUCAAAAUUAAUAAUAUUGAUGUUUCGUUUUGAAACUCUAGUACCGUUAAUAUUUUCUUUUUCAAAAAAAAUAUUUCGAGAACGUUUUUUGAAAGCUUAUGUUUGUAAUAUUUGUAAUUAA